GCCAGUCUAGCGGACGCUAUUCAAUGUAUCAACGAAACAUUCGGAAUUAGUAUUUUAUCCUUGCUUUUGAUUACUUUUGCGCAAGUGGUUAUCGGGAUGUAUUAUCUAGUAUACUCGGAAGAGAUGUGGUAUAAGAAACUUGUUAGUUCAAUGAGAUCCGUGUGCUUUACGACAAGUACCGCAUUUCUUUGUCAUUUGUGUCAAGCUACUACGGAUGAGGCCAAUGAAACAGGAAGACUCUUGUACAAAAUUGACACAGAUGACUCAGCUCUAGAUGAUGAAAUAGACAUAUUUACUAUGCAAGUAGCAAAUGAACAGACAGAAUUCAAUGCAGCUGGUUUUUUCCCAAUCAACCACAAGCUAAUAUUCAUGUUUUUUGGAGCAGUAGCUACAUAUAUUAUAAUAUUGAUGCAACUAUCAGGUAAUAAUAAAGCAAACCAUUGAGACAGAGAAUAAUCAAAUAAUUGGAGUACUUGGACUUCUUUGACA